UUCUAGAUAUCUUAGCAAAAAGGAAGUCUCACUCUCAAGUGUUAAUAGCAAUGGCACAAGUGCUUUCCCUCCAUGUUUUUUUCUCUGCAGAAAUACACAAGGUUGGUCCUUCUAAGCCACUGAAGAGGAUUCACAAGCCCAAAACAUCUCUUAGCACCCGUAGAAAAGCAACCCAGAGUCCUCAGAGUCCCUUGCGCAAAACCCAGAAGUUGAAUUUACAGGUUUCGCCUCAUCGAGCUGUUUCUGCAGUGAGGUUGAUGAGAAUAGAGAUGGGUGGUGCAUUUGCUGAUCUUUUGAAUGAUAAAGGGAAAGGGUCUGGUGAUAAUGAAAUGGGAUACGUUGAAAGAACUCUUGGGUUCCGAACCAAGGACCUGGAUGAUCGUGAUCUUAGAUUGGUUACGGACAUUGUUGGAGGCACCAUUCGCUGGAGAAGAUAUCUUGAUUAUCUAAUCGGAUCAUUGUGCCAUGAUGAGAAAGCAUUCAGGAGCAUGGAACCUCUUCUCUUGCAGAUUCUCCGGAUUGGCUUUUAUGAGAUUGUGAAGCUAGACAUGCCAUCAUAUGCUGUUGUUGAUGAGAAUGUGAGGCUUGCAAAAGUUUCCCUCAGGCCCGGUGCUGGCAACAUGGUCAAUGGGAUUCUCCGGAAGCUAGUGCUGCUUAAGGAAAGUAACUCACUCCCCCUUCCUAAAUUGGAAGGUGAUGAUCGCGCCCAAGCACGCGCCCUUGCCACCCUUUAUUCUCAUCCUGUGUGGAUGGUAAGGCGUUGGACGAAGCUUUUAGGGCAAGAAAAAGCAAUUAAGCUGAUGAUGUGGAACAACGAUAACCCCAGUUUCAGCUUGAGGGCAAACAGCGGGAAAGGAGUUACAAGAGCUGACCUUGUGAUGCAGUUCAAUAUGUUGAAGGUUCCUCACGAGCUUUCUUUGCACUUGGACCAUUUUGUCCGUGUUAAAACUGGACUGCAGAUUGUCAUUCAAGCUGGAUUGCUGAAACAAGGUCUAUGUGCAGUUCAGGAUGAGAGUGCAGGUUUGAUAGUUUCUGUAGUUAAUCCUCAACCUGGCGAUAGCAUCAUUGAUUGUUGUGCUGCUCCAGGAGGAAAGACGCUUUAUAUGGCAUCACAAAUGCAUGGCCAAGGCAUGUUAUAUGCAAUUGACAUAAACAAAGGCCGGUUGAGAAUUGUUAAAGAGACAGCCAAGUUGCACCAAGUCGAUGGUGUCAUUACCACCAUCCCUUCUGAUCUUCGCACCUUCGCUGAAAGUUAUCAGUUGAAGUCUGAUAAGGUUUUGCUGGAUGCUCCAUGUUCUGGGCUUGGUGUUCUGUCCAAGAGAGCGGACUUGCGAUGGAAUAGGAGGUUGGAGGAUUUGGAAGAACUUAAGAAAUUGCAGGAGGAGCUUCUUGAUGCGGCUUCCAUAUUGGUAAAGCCUGGUGGAGUUUUAGUAUACAGUACUUGUUCCAUAGAUCCUGAAGAGAAUGAAGAGAGGGUGGAUGCAUUUCUUCUCAGGCAUCCUGAAUUUCGUAUAGAUCCUGUUGACAGAUAUGUGCCACCUGAUUUUGUAACAAAACGUGGUUUCUAUUCCUCUGAUCCUGUAAAACAUUCAAUGGACGGUGCCUUUGCAGCUCGCCUAAUUCGGACCUUGUGAAGAAAUUUUAAUAUAUGCAAAUAUUGCAAUGUGAGGCCACUUCAGUGAGCAACCUGCAUGGGACCUCACUUUAUGAUUUCUAAUGUUGUAUUUCAGAUCAUUGAUUCUUGGAAGCACAAUGAACUUUGGAAAUAUGGAGAUCUGGAUGUCCUUGGUGUUUGAAUGGUCGGUCCACCAUGGCAGUGAAAGUCCACCUUGAUACAGAGGGCUUUAUUGCUUCAGACUUCAGAAAUACCUCACCAGGAGAUGCCAUUUGAGAAAUGCUUGAGAAGCUCCACUAAGAACGCAAACUAAUCCAGUUUGACCAGGAGGCACAGCAGCGGUUUGUGUACAUUAACCAGAUCAUGGAAUCAUUGGAAAGAUUUGUCUGCCUAAUUGUGCAAAGGCAGGCUUCUUGUGUUACUUGAAACAAUUCAUAGGUAACAUGUAUUAUAAGGAAGCUUGUGGCCCUUACAGAAGUAAUAUUGUAACUAUAUCCAACCUAUGCUGUGUGCAAAAGCCAAAAGAUGGUGCAAGCUGUGUGUUACAUA